AAAAUGGAGACUGAAAUCAACAGAGAGAAAAUGGAGACUGAAAUCAACAAUGACUUUCAGAUAGUUUUCUCUGAAGAAUCUCAAUCAGAUUCCACCAUUCGGUGUCACCUAUCUCCUGAAAUCAGUGCUGUCGAUAUGGAGAUCAGAUGGUUUAAGGAAACAGAAUGUGUGUGUUUCUAUAAGAACACACGGUUGAUAGAGGGGGAGAGUUAUAAAGGCAUAAUGAGGCUAUGCAUUGAGGAGCUGGAGAGAGGAAUUGUGUCCUUACAGCUGAAGAAUGUCAGAGAAUCAUAUGUUGGUGAUUACCUGUGUCAGGUCACCAGAGGAAACAGGACAGCGGAGAUAUCAAUAAGGAAAUCAUUAAAGACCAAUGAUGAAGUGCCUCAAAAAACAACCAAAUGGUGUAGACAGAUCGACAAAAUAUGGACUGAUGAGGAGAGAAUAAAAAUGGCAAAUUCUGCAUUAUUGGCAGUUUUCAACAGGCUAGAAAAAACAGAUGCACCAAAGGAAGAUCUUCAGGGUGUCAAUGAGAUGGAAACCAGUACCUGUAAAUGGGAGGAACAGGAAGCACAUCUGGUUGAUCAACAACCGGGAUUUUCAAGUCAGAAAUUACCGGACAGUGAUGUCAAAAUAUGUAUCUUUCGAAAUGGAAAAACAAAUGGCCAUUAUAAGGAUUUUACUCACAUGCUACAAAGCCGAAUUGAGAAUCUGAGAGAAGUUCCAACAGUAGACGAGAGUGACGUUAUUCUGGUUUUCUGUCCUGUUGUGUCCCGAGCUGGAACUGACAUUAACAAAGCACUUGAAAGAUUCACUGGCAAGACAGAAACUAAGCUGGCUGUUCUAGUGGUGCUUCAUCACACAUUUGACCCAGAGAAACCGUCCCAGACAGCAGCAGAUGUGUCAACAGGACAGACAUACUCACAGUGGACUGUCUGUUCAAUGAGGAUCCAGGAUUACUGACGUGUCAGAAGAAUUCAGAUGCAGUUGACAAAGUUGUGAACUGGAUACAGCAGGGGAGGCAAACAGGUGUCAAAAUAUGUCCACGUUCUACUGAUUUAACAACAACUGACUUUACAAACCCAGGAAAAAACCAAACCGAACCAAAUAAG